AUGCGUGCCGAGGAGCAACUCCCGUCCGUUUGCUUGUGUGCAUUCUUGCACAGUUGUCUGCACACAAACACAAGCCCCUACUCGGCCUCACGGAGAGCACUCGCCAGCACCGAGGCGAGGAUCAUAACAUUUUCUUGGCCUUUCCAUCAUUUUCUGGCGGGGGACGCCGCUCCCAAGCUCUUUGGUCGAAAACUAGAGGACCCAGCAGGACAGGCGGAGGAAGCACCCGAGGCCGCCGCCGCCGUCGAGCUCGGGAUGGCGCCGCACUCGCGGUCCAGCGGCGGAGCCCGUUUCGAGGAGAUCCGCGAGCUCGACGCCGGCGGCGGCGACUCCGAGCUGGGGGCCGGGCAGGCGCGGGGCCGCGUGCCGCCGUGGCGGGAGCAGCUGACGGCGCGCGGGAUGGUGGCGAGCCUGGCGGUCGGCGCCAUGUACAGCGUCAUCGUGAUGAAGCUCAACCUCACCACGGGCCUCGUCCCCACGCUCAACGUCUCCGCCGCGCUCAUCGCCUUCGUCGUCCUCCGCGGCUGGACCAAGGCGCUGGCCCGCCUCGGCGUCGCCGCCCGCCCCUUCACGCGCCAGGAGAACACCGUCGUGCAGACCUGCGCCGUCGCCUGCUACAGCAUCGCCGUCGGAGGUGGGUUCGGGUCCUACCUGCUCGCGCUCGACAAGAACACCUACGAGAUGGCGGGGGAGGAGACGGAGGGGAACGUGCCGGGGAGCUACAAGGAGCCCGGCAUUGCGUGGAUGACCGGCUUCCUCCUCGUCGUCAGCUUCGUGGGGAUCAUCGCGCUCGUCCCUCUCAGGAAGAUUAUGAUAAUCGACUACAAAUUAACUUACCCAAGCGGGACUGCAACAGCUGUGCUUAUAAAUGGAUUCCAUACGCCUUAUGGAGAUGCUAUGGCAAAGCAGCAAGUAAAUGGAUUCACAAAAUACUUCGGAAUCAGCUUCUUCUGGAGCUUCUUCCAGUGGUUUUACUCUGGUGGAGACAGUUGUGGGUUCUCGCAGUUUCCUACUUUUGGACUAACAGCUUGGAAACACACAUUCUUCUUUGAUUUCAGCCUCACAUAUGUUGGGGCAGGGAUGAUUUGUUCCCACCUUGUCAAUCUGUCUCUCCUUUUUGGUGCCAUUCUCUCCUGGGGUGUCAUGUGGCCUCUGAUCAGUGAUUUGGAAGGUGACUGGUAUCCAGCAAAUAUACCAGAAAGCAGCAUGAGCAGCCUGCAAGGUUACAAGGCUUUCAUAUGCAUAGCUCUCAUCCUAGGAGAUGGCCUAUACAAUUUUGUCAAGAUAAUUGCAUUCACCAUUAAAAAUCUGUUUGAAAAAUCAAAGCUAAAGAACACAAAGAAAGACGAAGACAUUCCAGUGCUUGAUGACCUUCAUCGUAAUGAAGUCUUUAUGGAAGACAGUCUACCUUCCUGGCUCGCCUACUCUGGUUACGUUGCAUUAUCAGUUGCUGCAGUAAUUAUUAUUCCCUUGAUGUUCCGUGAGAUGAAGUGGUACUAUGUUGUCAUAGCAUACCUAUUGGCUCCUGCCCUGGGUUUCUGCAAUGCCUAUGGUGCCGGCCUUACUGAUAUGAACAUGGCCUACAAUUAUGGGAAGGUUGCCCUCUUCAUUCUUGCAGCCUGGGCUGGAAAAGACUCUGGUGUAGUGGCUGGCUUAGUAGGCUGCGGUCUGGUGAAAUCGCUGGUGUCAAUAUCUGCUGAUCUGAUGCAUGAUUUCAAGACUGGGCAUCUUACAUUAACAUCACCUAGAUCAAUGCUAGUUGCUCAGGCUAUUGGCACCGCCAUGGGCUGUAUCAUCGGGCCACUAACAUUCAUGCUUUUCUACAAAGCAUUUGACAUAGGCAACCCAGAAGGGCCCUGGAAGGCACCGUAUGCUCUAAUCUACCGAAACAUGGCGAUUCUUGGUGUCGAGGGUUUCUCUGCUCUACCCAAGCAUUGCUUGCAGCUGUGCUAUGGGUUCUUUGGCUUUGCGGUGGUGGCCAACCUUAUGAGGGACCUCUUGCCACCGAAGUAUGGCAGGUGGGUUCCCCUACCUAUGGCAAUGGGGGUUCCUUUCCUUGUCGGUGCGAGCUUUGCCAUCGACAUGUGUGUGGGAAGCUUAGCUGUCUUCAUCUGGAAUAUGUUGGACAGAAGUAAAGCUGCACUGAUGGUGCCAGCAGUUGCAUCUGGUUUGAUAUGUGGAGAUGGGCUUUGGAUCUUCCCUUCGGCCUUGCUUGCACUGGCCAAGAUCAGCCCACCAUUCUGCAUGGCAUUCAGGGCUACACACUAGGACAGUAACAAGCAAGCUAGAUCUAUGUACAGCUAGAAGGCAUACAUCCUGGCAAGAAUGCAGUAAAUAGAUUUUGCAUAGCUGGGCGAGAUUGUAACAUGCACAUGCAUUUUUCUUACUAUUGAUAUGUUUCUGUAUAGUCUUGGCAACAAGUCCCUCAAGGUGUAAUACUGUAAGAUAUGGGAAUAAUCUUUCAGGGGCAGCUGAUCCAGUUGUUCAUUGUCAGUUUCGAGCAUAUGAAGAUAGUUCACUGACAUAUAUGCCAAUGAAGAAUCAUAAAAAAGAAAAGUUUUUGAAA